AUGAGAUUUUUUUCAAGUGUCGUCAACGUAUGGGCUCCACCUCUAGUUACAAAAAAGAGACAUACAGGACGAACAAAAGUAGAAAAGGUGCAAGAGACGAAAAGCCUAGUUCAUCGAUCAUCAUCUCCGCUAAUUCCACAAAGAUUCUCGUUCUCACCAUCUGAGCAAGGUUCAUAUGUUGAACCAAUAUUAGAACAUAUUUUCUCAAGUCUUUCAAAACCGAGGCGAGGAAACCAUCAUGCGCACGGAAUCACACAGCCAGAGGGAAAAUGGAACGAUGAAAAACUACAAAGAUUGUCAACUCUGGUAUUAAAAGUAAUCGUGUGCCUUGGAGAUAAAGAAGCAUUUGAGCUAUCGGUAAUAAUAAAACAUAAGUUAAAUUAUGAACUCAUAAAGCAGUUGAUUUCAACGAUGAAGAGGAAACAUGAGGAAAAAGCAGUUGGUUUCAACGAUGAAGAGGAGGAAAAUAGGGAUGAGCGUCAUGAGAAGAAGAGAAAUAUGACAGACAGAGAUCGGAGAGCUCAAAUUGUGCGAUUAGCUGUGGAUGAAAAUGAGGCAUUUAUGAAAAUCCGGAAGAGCUUAGUAACUCAAAAGAAUGAAAGUGCAAAGAUUAAGAAAAUUAUGGCCCUAAUGAAUUCCAGUUUGACAUG